UCUCUCCUCUCCUCCUCCUCUCUCCUCUCUCCUCUCUCCUGUGCUCUCUCAGUCGAGCUGCUCCGUGAGCUCUUGGAUGGAAUAGCAGCGUUUGCCCUAUUUGGUGAAAACUGGAAGCAAGGCGGCGGCGAGCAGUCGGGCUUCCUGCAGCCAUGGGCAGGCCGGGGGGGUCGGCCAGGCCACCUCCGCUGUUAGCUUCGGCGCUCCUGGCUCUCUCUCUCCUCUCCACGGGGGUCUGCGGCCUCCCGCACCCGCUGCCAAGAGUCUUCCUCUCCUUUGAAGACCUGCAGGCCUCCCAGGCCUUUGAACACUACAGCAUAUCAGAGAAGGCCAUGGACUACAGGAUCCUGCAGAUGGACGAGGACCAAGACAGGAUGUACGUGGGCUGCAAAGACCACGUCCUCUCCAUGGACAUUAACAACAUCACCCAUGGCACACUUAAGGUGUUCUGGCCUGCGUCUACGAGCAAGAUAGAGGAAUGCCAAAUGGCGGGAAAGGAUCCGACGCACGGCUGUGGGAACUUCAUCCGGGUGGUGGAGCCGUAUAACCGGACUCACCUGUUCAUGUGUGGCAGCGGCGCGUACAGCCCCGUCUGCGUGUACGUCAACAGGGGCCGCAGACCAGAGGAACAAGUCUUUCACAUCGACUCCAAGAGCGAAUCUGGAAAAGGGAGGUGCUCCUUCAACCCCGAAGUGAACACAGCCUCCGUCAUGAUCAACCAGGAGCUGUUCUCAGGCAUGUACAUCGACUUCAUGGGGACGGAUGCAGCCAUCUUCAGGAGCCUGACCACGAGAAAUGCAGUGCGCACCGACCAGCACAACUCCAAGUGGCUCAGUGAGCCAAUCUUCAUCGACGCCCACCUGAUACCAGACGGAACAGACCCCAAUGAUGCCAAAUUGUAUUUUUUCUUCCGUGAGAGGCUGACAGACAACAGUGGGAAUACCAAAAAUAUCCAGACCAUGGUGGCCAGAGUGUGUCCGAGCGACAUCGGAGGACAGCGGAGCCUCGUCAACAAAUGGACCACCUUCCUCAAGGCCAGGAUGGUGUGUUCAGUACUGGAGGAGGACGGCACCGAGACUCACUUCGACGAACUGGAAAAUGUGUUUCUGCUGGAAAGCGAUCAGCCCAAGGGCCUGAUGGUGUUCGGCGUCUUCACAUCAACGAGCUCCGUGUUUAAAGGCUCGGCGGUGUGUGUGUACAACAUGGCCGACAUCCUCACCGUCUUCAACGGGCCCUUCGCUCACAGGGAGGGGCCCAACUUCCAGUGGGUGGCCUUCCAAGGACGGAUCCCUUACCCAAGGCCAGGGACUUGUCCCGGUGGAGCCUUCACGCCCGACAUUCACACAACAAAGGAGUUCCCGGACGACGUGGUGACCUUUGUACGAAACCACCCGGUCAUGUUCAACCACAUCUACCCGGUGGGGAGGAGGCCUCUGGUGGUACGGACCAACGCCGACUACAAAUACACAUCGGUGGCGGUGGACCAGGUCAUGGCCGCCGACGGCAACUACCAGGUGCUCUUCUUGGGCACAGACAAAGGAACAGUCCAGAAGGUGAUUGUGCUCCCGAGCAAUCAAUCUAUGCAAGAAGAUCUGAUCCUGGAGGAGCUGGAAGUGUUUAAGAACCGAGCUCCGGUUACAAACUUAAGAAUAUCCUCAAAAAAGCAACAGCUGUACGUCAGCUCCGAGUUCGGGGUCUCGCAGGUCUCCCUGCACCGCUGCCACGCCUACGGCUCGGCCUGCGCCGACUGCUGCCUCGCCAGAGACCCCUACUGCGCCUGGGACGGCCUGAGCUGCUCGCGCUUCUACCCCACCGGCAAGAGGAGAAGCAGGAGGCAGGACAUAAUGCACGGAAAUCCGCUCACCCAGUGCAGAGGAUUCAACCUGAAAGCCUACAGAAACGCAGUGGAGAUGACGCAGUACGGCGUGAAAAACAACACCACCUUCCUGGAGUGUUUUCCCAAGUCCCCUCGGGCGUCCAUUCGCUGGCUCAUUCACAGGGACAACGACAGGCGGAAAGAGGUGAAGCUGAGCGACCGCGUCCUCUCCACGGAGCACGGCCUCCUCAUCCGCUCCGUCCAGCUGUCGGACCAGGGCCUCUACUACUGCCUGACCACCGAGAACAGCUUCAAGCGCACCGUCGCCAAGAUCCGCCUGCUGGUGCUGAGCGACGCCAUGGUGAGCGCGCUGACGGACAAGCGGCAGUCGCCGUGGGCCUGGGCCGCCUCGUUGCACCCCAAGGCGCUGCUGGCGGCCUUCAGCCCGGCGGAGAGCCUGGCCGUGCAGCAGUACUGCAAGGAGAGGAAGCAGCGGCAGAACCUGCAGCAGAAACAGCAGCCGCCUCGGCCGCCGCCGGGACCCCUCAGGGGGGACCUGGCCAAGCUGAAGCCCCUGCUGGACCGGAGGAAGAGCCGCAACCGGCGCGAUCACCUGCCGGAGGUGUGAGGUGCGGGGGGGGGGGGGGGGGGCUCGAAAGACUAGAGGCAAACGCCCCCUCAAAGCCAGACCUUUUUUUUUCUUCCCAACUCUCAUCUCAAGCUGCAGAGCUGUUUCUCCUUUUUCUUGCAUGAGGUACUGUGACCAGAUGGCUGUGACAUCCACUAGCUCGCCACCCCCCCCCCCUCCCCACGGGCACCCACGACCCAGGUGGCCCCCCGCUGGGGCACUAAUAAACGCUGCCGUAAGGGGGAAACACCUUGAGACGCAGCCGCGGUCAACGAUCUUAUUUGGGGAUGUAGUUGAGGGGAAAAGAGCUCACGGUGGGUUUGUUCUUUUCCUUUUGUUCGCAUCAAAAAAGAGGCGAUAACUUAAAAUGAACAGAGGAGAUCGAUAAAAAGGGACGAUUUAGAGUGAGCGCCUUCUCAAAUUAUAACUGAUUAGUAUAUUAUUAGACUGUAUUUACUUUAAACUAACAAACGCGUCUCUGUUGAGUGAAGAGACCGAAGCGGCUUUAGGGAAAAGAGGCUAAACGACUCUCGCGGGUCGACUGCUUCUGUCCCCGUCUGCGGCGGCUCGCGCCGUGGUUCCAUCCGAGCGCUGUGUAGGUUAAAAAAAGAUGCAGAUCAGAGGCCCCGCUUGACAUCCUGACGCUACCCAAACAGACACGCAACCAGAAUACCGAGUAGCGUAUCAAAUGCUGCUUGAUCUGCUGCAAACAUUUCACUCACUCCCCCCCGUAUUUAUUCAUAUUACUCAGUCGCAACUCGAGAAUCCACCUCACUGUGAUUCAGCUGCAUUUUGUGUUAUACUUCUCUUGUUCGGAGCACAGAUUAUCGGUUAUGUAGAGGUGUCUUAAUUCUUUCCUGGGUUACAUUUGGGUAGUUUUACAGCAUAGUUUUCAUCCAAGGUGCAGGAACGUGACGCUACUCUUUCGUCUACAGCAUAGAGGACGUAUUUAAUUCAGAAAUAGUCAUUCAAUUGCUUUAUCAGAGACGUGGUUAAUGUAGAUAGAGAUUAAUCACUGCUUGUGUACAUAGUAUGUUUUAUUUGUUUCAUCCUUUUAAUUUAAUGCUGAUGUUUGUGAAAAUGUGUACAUAAUUUCAACAUAAUUCACCAGCCAUGACUGUAUCUGUAAAUUGCAGAGACAUUACGGUAUUAUUUUCAUUUUCAGAAAAGACUCUGUGGUCUGCGUUUAAUAAAGCUGUGCGACCGGCAAACGCGUCAACUUCGACUCGGUGUAACUUCAGUGUCAUGAAUCAUGUAUUUUUAUUUAUUAAUGUCGUAAUAGCCUGAAUAAAUCUCUUCCGAUGAAUCUCA